AUAAAAUACUCAAUUUACAGUGACAAUAUAACGCACACUAAUUCAUUUGCAAGCUUAAAUAACAGCGAUCCGUCGACGGUGAAACAGUAACAUUUUGUUUGUACCUACCGAGCUGUCGAUUAAAACGUUAGAAUGCAGUCUUCAUUUGUAAAAUUGCCAUUAGUGCUUAUUUUAUGUAUCGUUUCGUUGUCGUAUACCAACGCUGAGAAGAAGGUGACGGUACACAGCUAUAACGCAGAUGUUACCAACGGUAACAAUGUACUUGAUUCCUGGUCACCAAGCCUUUCGAAUGGUCUCAUUACAUCGAAUAUAGGUGUUAGUCAAAAUUGCCCAAGUGCAGCACAGGUUGUUAUCAAGAUAUUCAAAGACGAACAGCUUGUUAACACGUUCAAUCAAAAUUUCAAGCAGCCGAUAAAGGAAUUCGAAAGUUAUAACAUUUGUAGCUCGAUCGACGCCCCGGAACCCGAUGACGACUCGUGUUCCGUAGCUCAGGGUGAACAUACAGCCUCCGAUUGCGACUUAAGUUCCUUCUUCAGCGACAUGGACAACGGCCAAUAUAUAGUCGAAUGCGAAUUUAAAUUCUCUAAUAAUGUAGUUUCUACCGCCAAACUGGACCUCACAGUGGAGGAUGCAUAGUGAGGCGAGCAUUAUCCCCAUUUAGAGUAGACAUUGAAAUAUUUUUAAUUUCCGUCAAUAUGUGUAGCAUAUAGCACUAUAAAUGUAGUCUGCUAUAUUUACAAUAAAUAAAGAAUAAGU